GGCCGCGGGUACAGACCCAUUGUUCUCCGACCGGCAGUGUCGCUGCGUGUCUCCGGGAGGCCGCUCCGCCAGCCUCUGGUCUCUGGCAGGCCCCUGCAACCUGCUGCCGCUCUGGUCGCCUGGCGGGGCCUGGUGACGCCUGGUGACGCCUGGUGGAUCCUGGACGACGCCUGGUGACGCCUGGUGACGCCUGGUGACGCCUGGUGACGCCUGGUGACGCCUGGUGACGAUGGUCGACUCCGCGGCGCGCCGGUGGAAGGUGGUCCUGGCGUGCGGCUGGUGCCAGGGCGUGGUGCUGGCGGUGGUGCAGAACUUCGCGCUGCUGGCGGCCGCGCUCUUCUCGCGGCUCCAGAUGUCCGCCACGGACACCGGACUGCUGCUCAACUGCCACGCGGGGGUCAGCUGUCUCUCUGUGCUGGCGGCGGGCGGACUGCUGCGACGUCAUGGCGCCCGCAAGAUGGCGGCGCUGGGAGGAGCGCUGCUGGCGCUAGGCGUGGCUCUCAGCGGGCAGGCGGCCUCCUUCGGCCAGCUGCUGCUCUGCUACGGCUUCGUGUCGUCGGUGGGCGCGGGGCUGCUGCUUGCCUCCACGGGGGUGGCGCUGGGGGCGGGCUGCGGGGGCGCCGUGCUGGCGGCGGCGGGGGCGGCGCCCGUGGCUGCCCCGGCCCUCGUGUCCGGCCUGCUGGCGCGCUACGGCCUCCAGGGGGCGGCGCUGCUGUGCGGCGGCGUCUGCCUGCACUGCGUCGCUGCGGCCUUGCUGCUGCGGCCGGAGCACCGAGGAAAGUCCACGUCGAAGGAAGGCGGGCAAAGCAAAGACAGUCAACCAACCGUGAGAAGAGGAACAAUAGUACCAGUCAUGAAGAUAGAUGCUCCAGAGGAUGAAGAAAAACAAGACGGCAGACGGCCCAGCUCCGCCUCUUCCGGCCCCCGGAGGCGGGGCACCCCCGGCUGGAGGCCGCGACAGUCCGUGGGCAGCCUCCACUCCGGCUCCAGCGCCGGCAUGUUCGAGGACGAGGCCUCGCGCAGUCAGCGCUCCAGCCGCUCCUCCAGCAUCGCGCUGGAGCCGCCGAGACUCCACAGACCCGCCGGCCAGGAGUCUUCUGUCGGCGCCCAUUCCAAGAAGCUCGACGUUCCCAAUCUCGCCCAAAGAGGUGACCGUCGCGGCUCCACGCUGUCGGCCGGGUCGCACCGCCGCUCCCAGAGGUCCUCCCUGGCCAGCCUGCUGUCCGCCGGCUCCUCGCUCGCCGUCGUCCUGGACGAGCACGAGGAGGACGGUCUCCUGGGGGCCAGGGCCCCAGAGGAGCGGCGGUCAUCGGGAGUGUCCGCCCGCUCCAGCAGCCUGGAGGUUCCAGGAGAGCAGGUUCCAGGCGGAUCAGGGGGGCAGAGACCCUGGUGGGGCCGCCUGUCUGUCGGCAGCGUGUGCUCUGGAGGAGGGUCGCGUGUGUUCGGCGCCAGGUCUCCGAGCCUGGUCUCCGGGGACAGCACUGCCUGUCUGGUGAGAGAGAGAGGGCUUGUUGCAGGCGGAUCAGGGGGGCAGAGACCCUGGUGGGGCCGCCUGUCUGUCGGCAGCGUGUGCUCUGGAGGAGGGUCGCGUGUGUUCGGCGCCAGGUCUCCGAGCCUGGUCUCCGGGGACAGCACUGCCUGUCUGGUGAGAGAGAGAGGGCUUGUUGCAGGCGGAUCGGGGGGCAGAGACCCUGGUGGGGCCGCCUGUCUGUCGACAGCGUGUGCUCUGGAGGAGGGUCGCGUGUGUUCGGCGCCAGGUCUCCGAGCCUGGUCUCCGGGGACAGCACUGCCUGUCUGGUGAGAGAGAGAGGGCUUGUUGCAGGCGGAUCAGGGGGGCAGAGACCCUGGUGGGGCCGCCUGUCUGUCGGCAGCGUGUGCUCUGGAGGAGGGUCGCGUGUGUUCGGCGCCAGGUCUCCGAGCCUAGUCUCCGGGGACAGCACUGCCUGUCUGGUGAGAGAGAGAGUGCUUGUUGCAGGCGGAUCAGGGGGGCAGAGACCCUGGUGGGGCCGCCUGUCUGUCGGCAGCGUGUGCUCUGGAGGAGGGUCGCGUGUGUUCGGCGCCAGGUCUCCGAGCCUGGUCUCCGGGGACAGCACUGCCUGUCUGGUGAGAGAGAGAGUGCUUGUUGCAG